UAGCUCUAACUUCUUAGGCUGGAGACACUUUCGCCAUCAUGUUCCGUCAAUUAUUCUUGUGCAGUGUUCUGCUAGUCGGUGCAGUUCUUGGAGAUGACAGUCUUCCAGAACUUCGCCCACGUCCACGCUUCAACGCAACCGAAUCCGGAUCAUCCACCAACGGCAGCGGACACCGCAUCGUGGGUGGCUUCGUGAUCAAUAUCGCCGAUGCGCCCCACCAGGUGUCGCUCCAGUUCCGACUGCGACACAUUUGCGGCGGAUCCAUCAUCUCGUCGAAGUGGGUUCUUACGGCGGCGCACUGUACGGAGCUUGCUUCUUCGCCAAAACAGCUGCGGGUUCGGGUGGGAUCGGCGAGGCAUGCCCUUGGGGGUGCCGUGAUUCCGGUCAAACGGAUUGUUCAACAUCCGUUGUAUGACAGCGUUAGUAUUGAUUACGACUACUCGUUGUUGGAACUGCAGAGGGCGAUCUGGCUUGGAAAGAACGCCGCGGUUGUGCCGUUGCCUGAUCGGGAUGAGUCCGUUCCGGAUGGGACUCUUUCGCUGGUUACCGGAUGGGGUAACACUCAGAGUACCUCCGAGUCCCAAGUGCUCCUGCGAGCGGCGUACGUCCCAACCUUCAACCAGGACGGCUGCAACUCCGCUUAUUCCGUGUACGGAGGCGUCACCGAUCGUAUGAUCUGCGCCGGAUUCGCGGCUGGCGGUAGAGACGCCUGCCAGGGAGAUUCCGGCGGUCCGUUGGUCGCCAACGGUAAGCUCAUCGGAGUCGUAUCGUGGGGCAUCGGUUGUGCCCAGGCCAACUACCCUGGUGUGUACGCACGGGUCGCCGCCGCACGUGACUGGAUCCGGACCAACAGUGGAUCCACUCCGGAGUCCCGGUACAAGGGAUGCACCACGACCCGCCUAACCGGAAUCAACGAUCCUCCGGAAGCGUGCUUGGAAGAUCUCGCUCGGACGUGGAAGCUCGACGCGGAAGACGUUAGGAUACAGUGUGCCGCAGUCAGAAUCCAUCUCCGCGAGAUGAUGGACCCACCGCAGAUCUACUUAAAAAUGAAUCUCCCCAUCUUUCUUGCGAUCCUCUGUCUUACGGCAAUAGCCUCCUGCAAUGAUCGCUUCUCCGUGCGCAAGCGGCUCAUCGUGGGCGGAGACAAGAUCGACAUCGGCAAAGUCCCCUACCAGGUGAUCAUACAACUUGGGGACAUGGUCGUGUGUGGAGGAUCGAUGAUCGCGCCCUCCUGGAUCCUGCUGGCCUCGCACUGCCUGUGGGACAUCCGCGGGUACGAACAUCUGCUGGAGGUUCGAGCCGGAUCGAAGAAUCGACUGCACGGUGGCGAGGUUCGGACCGUAAAGUGGUCAACGCUGCACCCGAAAUAUGAUCGCGUGCACCUGCAUCACGAUAUCGCACUUUUGUUCCUGAAUCACCCGAUGGUGUUUGGGGACAAUAUCAAGUGCAUCCGAAUACCGCCGCAGGAUUACAUGCCACGGGCAAUGGACGAUGGGUUCGUUGCGGGUUGGGGAUUGACGAACGCGGAUCACGACAGGACUAAGGCGUCUAACUAUCCGAAGGAACUGCUCGGGGUGAAGCUGCCGGUGUUGGGCUUCAAGACGUGCAACCGUUGGUACAACAACUACACCUUGUACCAGGAUACGCAGUUCUGCGCUGGAUAUCCGGAAGGGAAGCGGGAUGCCUGCGUUGGAGACUCCGGUGGACCGUACGUCGUCGGUAGACAGCAGGUUGGGAUCGUAUCGUGGGGACUGUCCUGUGCAAAGCCCAGACAACCUGGAGUAUUUACGGACGUCGGCAUGUACCGGAACUGGAUCGAGACUACCAUGUUCAAAAUACAGGGAUCGUCGCGUGGUCUAAAGUGUAAGGCAUACUUCUGAGGCAGUGAUCAAUAAAGAAUCAAAAACUU